AUGCACAAAUUAAAAUAUGUAAAAAUUAUUGGCGAUGGAGACAGCAGUGUUUACCAAAAAAUUUGCUUUGAGAGACCCUAUGGAAGAACAAUGGUCCGCAAAGUAGAAUGCAUAAACCAUCUUCUCAGGAAUUAUUGGACAAAUUUGAGUGAUGAGAAAAAAAAAUACAGUUCAAAAAACAAAAUAGUAAGUCCAGGACUAAAAAAAGUUUUGAGUGAUAGAAUUUUGAAGUUACAAGUGGGAAUUAAAUCGGCUGUAAAUUACCACAGAAAAUAUACCAGUGAUAUUCUUGACAAUGUGAAGCAAUUAACUCUCCUUACCACACAUUUGGAAAUCAUUCAAACUGUGCACAAUAUAUUUGUAAAAGAGAACAAAACGAUAGAGAUUAUGUGCCACAAAUGGAAGAAUGAGGAUUUAUGGAUGACAUUGUAUCUGCUGAGGUUCACUUUGUGUCCAGAAUUGAUUAAGUUCUUGACGAUACCGCUUCCAAUUGUUCCUAAUCCAAUGAAUCCAAAAGUCAGCUUCGAAGCUAAGAUGUCUUUAGUAUUCAACAGUUCCGAAAUUGAAUUUAAGUUGAGGGUAGAUGUGACCCAAUCCGAAGGUCCAAAAAAAAGGUUGCUCAGAUGUGAUAGUACUUUAAGCAACAAUUCAUCCAUUCUGAAUGAAGAUGAAAUGGAAAUAGCAAAAAAUGUAGAAAGUAUCAUCGGAGAUAUUUUUCCAAUAAAAAGUAUUAAUAGUCCAGUACUUAGCCCUAAACCCGGACCUAGUACCCUUAAUGUUCCUUUGCCUGCACUGAUACAAGAUAAUGAUGACAUUAACUCUGAACCUUAUGGUUCAGAUUACUCAGAUGUAGAUCCUACUUAUCAUCCUCAUAGUCCUCAUUACUUAAACAAAAGCUUUGAAGAUGAUAAUGACGAAGUAAUGCCUGCUAGUCCCUUGGAUAAUGAAGAAAUGCAGACUUACAGUCCUCAUAACUCUAACAAAAGCUUUGUAGAUGACAAUGAUCAAAAAAUGUCCGAUAAUAGAUUAGAUACUGAAGAAGUACAGAAAAUGGUUUCAGUAAUCCUUAAUAAUGUUCUAGACGACGUAUGGAAUAAAGUUAAAAAGGUAACUAGAAAAAGAAAGUUGCAGCCUGAUAAUUGGAAAAAAAAUAUUGCCAAACAAAGACGUUCGGAUGGAUCAAAUUACAUUACUAAGAAAACACUUCGGUCUGCAAAAAUACCAAAGCCAACGAAUUGCGGUAGAUGCAAAUACAAGUGCAAUGAGCAUUUUAAUGAAGACAUACGAAUAGAACUCUGCAGGUCAUACUGGCAACUGAAUUUUAUUGGAAAAAAGAAUUUUAUAUUAGCCAACGUGACUAAACAUCAAGUAAAAACAAGACAAGUUAUACAAAAAUCAAAUAAAAAAUUAAGAGAUUUUACAACCAAAUGUUAUUUCCAGAGAGAAGAUAAAAAAAUACAAGUAUGCCAAAACUUUUUCCUGCGUACGUUGUGUAUAUCAAAAGACGUACUAAUGGAUGCUUGUGUCAAAAUGAAUGAAAUUGGUGUGUACUCAUCUGAAGACAGACGAGGCAAACAUACACCAAUUAAUAAAACAAGCCCUGAAGCAUUAUCUAUGGUAAAACAGCAUAUAGAAUCCUUUCCUGUAAUGGAAUCCCAUUAUUCAAGGAAAGAUACAAAAAAACAAUACUUAGAGAGCAACUUAUCUAUAAAGAAAAUGUACCACUCUUACAAAGAAUUAUGUGAGAUAAAGCAGACCAAACCAGUUUCCGAAUACUGUUAUAGAUCUGUAUUCUGUGAAGAUUAUAACCUUAGUUUUUUUAAACCCAAAAAGGAUCAAUGUCCAAUUUGCGUAAAUUAUUUCAAAGCCGAUGCAGAAAGGAAGUCCAGUCUAGAGUCACAGUAUUUACAGCAUCAAAAGAGAAAUAAGGAUUGUUUAGCCGCCAAAGAAGAAGACAAAAAUCGUGCAAAUUCCGAAAAAGAAUUUCUGUCCGUUACAUUAGAUUUGCAAGCGGUUUUACAGAUUCCAAGUGGCCAGGAAUUUAAAUAUUUCGAAAUACUUGAUCUUAAAUCAUUAGCAGCCAAAUUAAUUAAAAACAGAACACGAGAUGACAACAAUCUAACUGUAAACUGGUUGAAAAUAAAAAGACUGAAAUAUCUUAAAGACCAACCAAAUAAAAUUUAUUAUAAUUAUGACAUGUCCACUAACUUUCAAACCAUAACCAUUUCCAACACCAAUCAAAAUUUCGAGGAUUCACCGUCAACUAGAACCAGAAAACAAUGGAAAAAAAAUAAAGAACCUACAGCAAAUACCUUUGAGUUUCCAAGUGAAAUACCAUUUUUAUAUGACUCGCAGUUGCCAAUAAGUAACGCAAAAAAAAAAGAUCUGUUAAAACUCUGCCGAAAAGAAAUAAUUCCUGAAGAGCUUCAUGAGUGGUUCAACAAGUUAAAAUCAUCAGCUGAUGUUGUAGAUCGUAUACCGGACCUAGACGUCAACGAUGAGCCCGAAUCAGAAGAAGAAUCUUAA